AUGAUGGGCCGCAUCAAUCCGAAGUCUAAGCCUCAAGAAGCACCUGCGCUCGGACUUAUCCCCCCGUCUUACUAUCAUGUUGCUCCUCUCACUCUACCGUCGUCUCUGCAGUCGUUGAUCCCCCGAUCGGGCGCCACCAAUGCAUGUGCAGAAGACGAGUGCACCGAUGGCACUGAUUUCAAGCUCAAUAGCGUCAUCAAAUUCCAAGUAUCACGCUCUCCACGCCUCUCAAUGCGGGACCGACUCGGAUGA